AUGGGCCCCGGGGGCCCACCUAUUGGCCCCGGAGGACCGCCUACGGACCCCGGCCACGGAGCACCAGGGGGACCAGUUAACCCUAGUGGCCCAGGAGGGCCAGGGGGACCAGGGAGCCCAGGGGGCCCAGCGGGCCCUGGGGGCCCGGGGGGCCCAGGAGUCCCUGGGGUCCUCUGGUGCCAAGGUUGUCCGGGGCCUCCGGACCACCAGGAUGCCCCCGGGGGGGGGCCGUUCAAGGAAGAGCCAGCGGGGUCAAACAACGCUGAAGAGCCCGAGCUGCCGGGGCCCCCAAGGGCCCCCGUAUUCUGCGAAUGCCGUGAUCCCCAAGAAUAG